AUGAACCAAAUUCGUGGAAGAUGCGUAAUAUGCACCUCUGUCUUCACGUCCAACAGCAUCUCUGCUUUGCAAUGUGGCCACACAUUUCACUUUGUGUGCAUCAGUAAAUGGGUUGAGCGGUCGAAAACCUGUCCGAUUUGUAGAGUAAGAACAGCUGAGAGGAAUAUUGUGAAGCAGUUAUAUUUUGACAGUGCUGAAGAAAUUGCAGCUUCUCAAACGGAUUGUAACAACGCUGCUCAGGUGGAAGCUCUUUCCAUAGCUCUCGAGCAAGAGAAAAAUGAUCGCCUCGAAGCUCAGGAAGAGGUGCAGAAGCUCAAAAACGCUGUCUCUACCCUUGAAGCAAAGCUGGAGAGAGAAAAGAAGCACUCUCGUGAAAAGAUUCCGCUACUACAAGCUCAAAAUCGGCAACUUGAAAUGAUGUUGGUCGAUCAACAGGAAUUGGAGAGGGCUCUUGAGAGAACAAAAAAUCAACUGCGAGCGUGUGAAUUCUAUAAAGCAGUUACAACGGCGAAGGAUGAGUCUGCUAUGGAUAAAUACAUCAAAGACGACGGCGGACUUGAAGUUGGACAGUUUAUCAAAGUGCUCAGGAGGCAAUUAGAAGAGUCACGGAAAGCGCAGCUGAAGCUAAAAGAUGAUUUAAAGGCUGAAAGGGAAUUGAUAAGGAGUUUGAAGAAGAAGGAGUAUGAUCUCAAGAAUAUAGUCGCUGCAUUGGAAAAAGAACUGCGAGAAGUACGCUGUGCUGCUGAUAUAAAUACGACACCAUUCAACCCGAAACUGAAAAAUCUAGUGUCAGAAAACAGCCCUCGAAAGCGUGAUUCGUUAGGAUUCAAUGAAUCGGUCGAGCUAAAUCCCGAUGUUCUCAGUUCAGCGUUGAGACCUCGUGUAAGAGCAGUUUCUCCUCGAGCGAGACCAGAAACAAGAACGCCUCUCAGACCGCUUUUCACAAAUUUGUCAGAUGAUGAGGAUGAUGUCAAAUCUCACGACGGCGAUGUUUCACUGCAGUUUCCCACCCGCAUGGACACUGUGCCAAGUCCUCGUGUUCCAAAAACGAUACGGGAGCGUGUUCUCAAAGGCUCGAACAGUAGUCAUCCCACAGGUUUGGGCGGAGCUCGAAAUGCUGCUGAGAAAGCGCUUGCAAAUCUUGAGCUCAGGAGUACCUCUACCAAUAUGAUCUCAAGAAAACCCAUAUCAAAGCGGAAACCCGACAGAAGUGAUGUGAAGAAUCAGCGCCUCUCCCAAUUUUUCCCAAAGAGGAAGCCCACUGACGUAAUCGAUUUGGACGAUUAG